AUGUACGCUGUCAUUACAUAAACUAAAGUUAAGGAGAGUAUACAAUACCCAACUCUGACUAGACAAGUUUUCAAUUCCAAGAAUACAUCUCACAGCAACUUCCAGUAAGUUUGAAAACCAUUCAUAUCCCCAAUUUCAUUAUCAAAGUACUUUAUGCUUUUCACAGUUCAGCAUGCAUGCAUGCGGCAUGCAGUAAACAGAUUCGGUUUAUCUCAUUUUAAUCUAUCCUUUUCAUCAAAAUUUGUUUUAUUUGUAACCUAAUUGGGCCACUAUAUUCUACUCCUAAAGAAUCUUCGAAUUCAGGGUUGAAGUCAAUGCUCGUGUAAAUUACCCAAUUAGAAAUGCCUUGAGAGAUAUGGAGAAGAAAGGGGUUAUUGAUAUGGAACUUGAAAUCACCAAUUUUUAUCUCUCAACUGUCUCACUGAGAGUAGCAAGUGUUGGAAUGUAA